UUCUGGCUGUGGAGUGAGGUGGGCUGGUUUCCAUCCCUGCUCUGCAAGAGCCAGCUGUGUGACCUUGGGCAGGUCUCUCCCACUCUCUGGGCCUCAGUUCCUGUGUGUGGAGGUACCCUGGAGCUGCCCACACUCCCCCCUCGGUCUUCCACUGCCUGUCUCAGCCUCCCCUCCCGGGGUCAGCGGCCAUCAUGUUCUCCUGCGUGAAGCCCUAUGAGGACCAGAACUACUCAGCCCUGAAGCGGGCCUGCCUGCGCAAGAAGGUGCUCUUCGAGGACCCUAAUUUCCCAGCCACUGAUGACUCGCUGUACUAUAAGGGCACCCCAGGGCCCACGGUCAGGUGGAAGCGGCCCAAGGACAUUUGUGAGGACCCCCGCCUCUUCGUGGACGGCAUCAGCUCCCAUGACCUGCACCAGGGCCAGGUGGGCAACUGCUGGUUUGUGGCGGCCUGCUCGUCGCUUGCCUCCCGGGAGACGCUGUGGCAAAAGGUCAUCCCAGACUGGAAGGAGCAGGAGUGGGAUCCCGAGAAGCCCGAAGCCUAUGCGGGCAUCUUCCACUUCCACUUCUGGCGCUUUGGGGAGUGGGUGGACGUGGUCAUCGAUGACCGGCUGCCCACAGUCAACAACCAGCUCAUCUACUGCCACUCCAACUCCCGCAAUGAGUUCUGGUGUGCUCUGGUGGAGAAGGCCUAUGCCAAGCUGGCGGGUUGCUAUCAGGCCCUGGAUGGAGGCAACACAGCAGAUGCACUGGUGGACUUCACAGGCGGCGUUUCUGAGCCCAUCGACCUGACUGAGGGCGACUUCGCCAAUGACGAGGCCAAGAGGAGCCAGCUCUUUGAGCGAGUGUUAAAGGUGCACAGCCGGGGAGGCCUCAUCAGUGCCUCCAUCAAGGCAGUGACAGCGGCCGACAUGGAGGCCCGCCUGGCGUGUGGUCUGGUGAAGGGCCAUGCGUAUGCCAUCACGGACGUGCGCAAGGUGCGCCUGGGCCACGGCCUCUUGGCCUUCUUCAAGUCCGAGAAGCUGGACAUGAUCCGUCUGCGCAAUCCCUGGGGCGAGCGGGAGUGGACCGGGCCCUGGAGCGACACUUCUGAGGAGUGGCAGAAAGUGAGCAAGAGUGAGCGAGAGAAGAUGGGGGUGACCGUGCAGGAUGAUGGCGAGUUCUGGAUGACCUUCGAGGACAUGUGCCAAUACUUCACCGACAUCAUCAAGUGCCGCCUGAUGAACACGUCUUACCUGAGCAUCCACAAGACGUGGGAGGAGGCCCGGCUGCACGGCGCCUGGACGCAGAAUGAAGACCCGCGGCAGAACCGCAGCGGGGGCUGCAUCAACCACAAGGACACCUUCUUCCAGAACCCGCAGUAUGUCUUUGAUGUCAAGAAGCCAGAAGAUGAAGUGCUGAUCUGUAUCCAGCAGCGGCCAAAACAGUCUACCCGUCGGGGGGGCAAAGGUGAAAACCUGGCCAUCGGCUUUGACAUCUACAAGGUGGAGGAGAACCGCCAGUACCGCAUGCACAGCCUGCAGCACAGGGCCGCCAGCUCCAUCUACAUCAACUCCCGCAGCGUGUUCCUACGCACGGACCAGCCCGAGGGCCGCUAUGUCAUCAUCCCCACCACCUUCGAGCCCGGCCACCCUGGCGAGUUCCUGCUCCGGGUCUUCACUGACGUGCCCUCCAACUGCCGGGAGCUGCGCUUGGACGAACCCCCCCGAACCUGCUGGAGUUCUCUAUGUGGCUACCCCCAGCUGGUCACCCAGGUCCAUGUCCUGGGGGCUGCUGGUCUCAAGGACUCCCCAACUGGGGCUAACUCUUAUGUGAUCAUCAAGUGCGAGGGAGACAAAGUCCGCUCGGCUGUGCAGAAAGGCAUCGCCACACCAGAGUACAACGUGAAGGGCAUCUUCUACCGCAAGAAGCCAGGCCAGCCCAUCACUGUGCAGAUCUGGAACCAUCGGGUCCUGAAGGACGAGUUUCUGGGCCAGGUGCACCUGAAAGCCGACCCGAAUGACCUCCAGGCUCUCCACACCCUCCACCUCCAAGACCGCAGACGGCAGCCCAGCGACCUGCCGGGCACUGUGGGUGUGCAUGUGGUCAGCAGCGCCUCCCUCACAGCUGUGUGACGCCUGCCUGCCGCCGCCGGGGCCCCCCAGUGCUCACCACCAUCAUAUGUCCCCACCCGGGCCGGCAGACGCGCCUGGAAGCGGGACACCAGGGUCCGGCUCCCAGCUCCUCCACUGACUUGCUGUGUGACCUUGGGAGGUCGCUACCCCUCUCUGGGCUCAGUGUCCGAAGGACUCCAGAGCAUUCCCUUGCAUGGAGAUUUAAAAUAGCCCGCCCUGCCCCAGCUGUCUCCACUGCAUAGGGACUCUAUCCCUCAAACAUUUCCCCAAGGCCCUGCUGUCUGCUGGCCGUGUGCCAAGGAGAUGUCACUUGUUUACAUACAAACUGCCACACUCCCAAGCCACUUUCCCCCUCAGACCUUGGGCUGCCUCGGGUCACAGACCUUGCUUUUUGUCAGGUGCAGACUUGGUUUCCUAACCACCCUGAUGGGAUCCCCUUGCUCUUCCCAGGCUCCUACUCAGCCAGGAACUUGUCUGAACAUUCUCUAACCCCAUCCUUUUAUUUAUCCAACAGAGAUUUGCCAAAUAAAUUAACGAUGCCCGCAACCCCAGGUAGAGUUGACCCUCCCCGUCCCAGGCCUAACCUCUGCGCCUGGGUCUCCUCAGAGGCCGACGCCUGGAGGGUGCAGCUGCUUUCUCCCAGCCUCUGAUGGCAUUCUCAGCCCCUGGCUCAAUCCCUGCAGAGGUGGGGGCAGUGGCAGUGAGGAAGGACACCUUCUGCCCUGACCUUCCAGAAGCUACGAAGCGUCCAGUUUAGUGGACCAAGGGCCAGGUGCGUAGGGGGCAUGCCCCAGGCCCCCCUCUGUUGCGAGGCCUGGGCUUUUCCUGGGACAAUGGACUCUGGGGUGCUGGUCUCAGGCCUGCCAGUGUCAGGUGACUCAUUGGGCUAGGCGAAGGUAGGCAAAUCCAUCACUUGACCAGAGGUUCCUUUACCAACACCCCCCAGAUACAGCCAAGGAGGCUCCUCUGCUCUCAGUGUUUUAUAGUCUCUUUUGAAACUGAAUUUUAACCAGUGGUUUUUAAGCCAAAACUGAAAGCCUGAACCCCCAGUUUUUGCUUCCUAAACUCCAGUCCUGUGGUUCUUUGGUUUUAUUUGGAUUCUGCUUGAGGUGGGAAAAGUCUUACUUCUCAGAGAAGUGAAGAAGAGGGUGCUUUGCAGGCUGGCUCGGACUCUGUUCUUGGUGUGUGGGUGCCUCACCCACUGGGGGGCCUUCUGUGUCCAUGUCAGCUCCAGGCCAGGUGACAUCAAU